AUGCUGCUCAAAAUAGCAACGGUUAGGGAUUCGUCAUUUUUACUCGCUCAAAAAACUAUUAUAAAACCGAUUUCUGCUCCCGCAAUUAUAAAUACAACGCGCCGACUUUAUAGCAGCGUUGCAAAUGACGUAGAGUAUGAUACAGUCGUGAUUGGAGGUGGGCCAGGAGGUUAUGUUGCUGCUAUUAAAGCUGCUCAACUUGGGCUCAAGACGGCUUGCAUAGAAAAACGAGGCUCAUUAGGCGGGACAUGUUUAAAUGUUGGAUGUAUUCCGUCUAAAUCGUUAUUAAAUAAUUCACAUAUAUAUCAUCAAGCAAAACAUGAAUUUAAAGCAAGAGGAAUCGAUGUGAGUGAUGUACAAUUGAACUUACCGAAAAUGAUGCAGGCUAAAGACAAAGCAGUGACUGGGCUUACAAAGGGUAUUGAAAUGUUAUUUAAACAAAAUAAGGUGGAAUAUCUCAAGGGUCAUGGUCGGUUUAUCGGACCGCAUGAUAUUGAGGUGGAUGGGUUGGAUGGGAAUAAAAGUUAUGUGAAAGGAAAAAAUAUAAUAAUUGCUACAGGAUCAGAACCUACACCGUUUAAAGGAUUGGAGGUAGAUGAAAAACAAAUUGUCACGUCAACUGGCGCACUCUCUCUAGAAAAAGUGCCAAAUAAAUUGUUGGUCAUUGGUGGAGGUAUUAUUGGUCUUGAGCUUGGUUCAGUGUGGCAACGUCUUGGAGCUGAUGUGACUGUAGUUGAAUAUCUUGGAGCUAUUGGUGCUGGUAUGGAUGGUGAAUUAGCAAAGCAGUUUUCCAAAAUAUUACAAAAGCAAGGGCUCAAAUUUAAAUUGAACACCAAAGUUUUGGAUGCUCAAAAACAAGAUGGUAAAAUUAUAGUGAAUGUUGAACCAGCACAAGGAGGCAAUAAAGAAUCGCUGGAGGCGGACGUUGUUCUUGUGUCAAUUGGUCGACGUCCUGUCACAGAAGGUCUUGGCCUCGAAAAUGUUGGCAUUGAUGUCGAUGAACGAAAUCGUAUAAAAAUCGACUCACAAUUCUGUACUAACGUCCCGCAUAUUCGUUGUAUUGGUGAUGUUACAUAUGGUGCAAUGUUAGCACAUAAGGCCGAAGAAGAAGGAAUUGCCGCAGCCGAAUAUAUUGCCGGCGGUCACGGAGAAGUUAAUUAUGAUGCAAUACCUUCCGUGAUAUACACACAUCCUGAAGUAGCAUGGUGCGGCAAGACAGAAGAAGAGGUGAAGGCAUCGGGUACUAAGUAUCGAAUUGGCACAUUUCCAUUUCAGGCUAAUUCACGUGCGCGUACCAAUAACGAUGCAGAAGGGUUGGUUAAAAUGAUUUCUGAUGCCGAGACGGAUCGCCUUUUAGGCGUGCAUAUUAUUGGACCAAAUGCUGGUGAAAUGAUCGCUGAGGCCGUGUUGGCUCUCGAGUAUGGAGCCAGCAGUGAAGAUAUUGCAAGGACUUGUCAUGCUCAUCCGACAUUGGCUGAAGCUUUUAAAGAAGCUG